CUUCACUGCACACAAUUUAACAUUCCACACUCUCCCCCUUGGAAAAAAAAACCUUUGGUGUUGGUUUUCACUCUAACUACGUGCAUCAUGCUACUGGAGGUUGUCUUCUCUUCUCUUUUGCUGCUUGCCAGCGCACAUCCACAGCGAGGUCUCUCCGUGGAACCGGUGACCGACUGCUCUCAGCUCCCCGCUUAUGACGAUCUCACCGAGAUCGCCGGACCCUGGACGAUCAACAUCGACUCAUGUUACAAUGGAACUGCCCCCGAUAGCAGAUGCAGUAUUGAAGGAUUCGGAUCUAGCUCUGAUGUCACACGGCAAAGGGGCGACAAGAGCGAUCUGAUCGAGCAUGGCUUUAUUACGAUCGCAAGCAAUAACGAAAAUGUCAAAACCCAACUACGCUGCAACGGUGCCCUGAACAGAAUCGAAGCCCUCGUUCCAUCGGGCCACGGUGCCUUGGACUGGCAUGCCCUCGGUAUCAACCACCACCCUAGCACGGGCCGACUGGUCUGGGGCAGAGAUGCCGAGUCAGUGCAGGCCUACCGCCACUAUGUCCGCGGGCAGCCGGUCUCGGGAUUUUUCCUGGGCUCGAACAACCAGACCAAUUGGGCGGUGCACUCGUCUGGGAGGGAUGUGAGCAUCCAGGACUACAAGCCAUACUGGGUGAUGCGGUUGAUGAUUCCGGAGACCACGUUCCGAGACAAUGAGUUUCGGACUUUGAUUCGAAUCGAUGGGAGCUGA